UCCUCCUCGCUCAGCCAGACCGCUCCUGCCCUGCCUCUCGCUCUCUUUCCCCCUGCUGGGCCGCCGCUGCCUGUCUUGAACUUCCUCAUCUUCCCCUGCUAGGCUAGGCCCUCUGCCUCUCAAACCCAACUUGAGUUGGCAGAUUUCCGCCCACCGCCCCCACGGCCUCCAUAGCUGGUGGAGCCCUUUUUUAUGCUGCUGAGAGGGAGCUGGUGAAGGGAAGACUGAUGAGGGAAUACAAGGUGGUGGUGUUAGGGAGCGGAGGGGUGGGUAAGUCUGCCCUGACGGUGCAGUUUGUCACGGGCACCUUCAUUGAGAAAUAUGACCCCACCAUUGAGGAUUUUUACCGCAAGGAGAUCGAAGUGGACUCUUCUCCCUCUGUACUGGAAAUCCUGGACACCGCAGGGACUGAACAGUUUGCUUCCAUGAGAGAUCUCUACAUCAAAAACGGCCAAGGUUUCAUCCUAGUUUAUAGCCUGGUUAACCAGCAGUCUUUCCAGGAUAUCAAGCCAAUGAGGGACCAGAUUGUCAGGGUGAAGAGAUAUGAAAAAGUCCCACUCAUCCUAGUGGGAAAUAAAGUGGAUCUGGAAUCAGAAAGGGAGGUUUUGACUGCAGAAGGCAGAGCUUUGGCUCAGGAGUGGGGCUGCCCGUUCAUGGAGACAUCAGCCAAAAGCAAAACGAUGGUGGACGAACUGUUUGCAGAAAUCGUCAGGCAAAUGAACUAUGCAUCUCUGCCUGAAAAACAAGAUCAGUGUUGCACAACUUGCAUCAUCCAGUGAAGAAGCUAACCUCAUUCAUGGCCAUACA